GUUUUUCCGACCGCGCGUCACGUUCUGUGCCAGCUUUUCAACUCAAGCCGAUCGAAACUUUUCCAGGUAGGACUUAGAGGUAGAUUUCGGCUGAUUCAGCAAUUUAAGCCAGAUUUUUUUAAACAAAAACGCAUCUUAUCUAAAGUUGCGUAAGUAUUCCAUGCUGGUACCGGAGUAGUUAGUUAGUCAAGGAUGUAACACACAAACCCACAUCGAUGUCGUUACAUAAGCGACAAUUAAAAGGAAACAAUUCCUUUGUAUGUUUACGAGCCUCGACUGAUCAACUAAAGCAACCGCACAUUUAUUCGCAUCGAACGAAUGAAAAUGAAUUGACGCAUCCAAGAAAACGUAAACCUCCACAAAUAUUCAUUUUUAUUCGUUCUGGUCGUGCGAUGCGAACAAAUGCGCGCCUACCUUUAACCCCGUUUUCCCAAAACCCAUUUACAUUAUUCAUAUUUGACGUGAAAAUCCCCAGCUUGCACCCGAAAGGGAAACACGCAACAAAAACUUACAUUCGGGAAAAUCGAAUGUCCCACUUUCUCACACAGCACCCCAAGUGAAGUGAACUAGAUUUCCAAAAGACUGUUGGCGCCUCAUUACCAGCGUCUUUCUCUGGGGAAAGUGAACGAAUCCUCCCAUCCCCAUGGCACUUGGAGGGCCUCUAUAAGCAAACCAGCGGCUCCUCCCUUAACAGAAAUGGGGGCAAGAUGACGGCCUUCCCGUGCUCCAACUCAAUGUCCCUGGUUGAAAGGAAGAAACAGCAGUGGGCAAGGGAACGAGAAGAACUGGCCAACCUCGGGGUUCAAUUCAAGCGCUCUCAGUACUCUGGCAGCGUUGACAAGGGCUCAGUAGACAGGUUGAGGUACGGGUCCAAGCAGUCCUUGGUCGAGGACUAUGAGGCCAGGGAGAGGCGGAGCAGCCUCCCUCCACUGUACAAAAACCAGUACAACUCCAACUACGACUAUCCCCCGCCUAAGGCCGAUAGGGGCGGCGAAACGUCCGGAUAUGGCAGCGACAGUUUUCCCACCCCCGAAUACAAGCCACUUCCCUCCACUGGCGAAGGCCAGUGGACCGGAAGACAGCAACAACCCUCUGGAUACGAGUCGUCUUCCAGUUACAGAGACGACCGGCCGAAAUGGGGCAAGUCCUGGCCGCCCAAGGAGCAGCCCUACAAAAGCGAACCGCCCAACUGGGUGAAAAGGGGGCUGGAGGCCGAGGGCGCCAUUGUAGUGGCGAACUCCUCGCCCUCCGUUUCGCCCGAGCAAAGAGGCGAGGAAAACGACCGCCCCUGCACCGGCUCCAGCUUCUCUCAGCACCGCUCGUAUAUUCGAGGCCAAAACGUCCACAUCGACUCAGAGGAGCUGGCCGAAAGGGAGCAGCGCCGCCAACAAGCCCUGGCACAUCAGGAUGCCAUCAGAAAACAGCUGGAAGAGCGCGAACUGAAACGGCAAGAGGAGCGAGCGAGGAGAAUUCGAGAGGAGCACGAAGAGGAGCUGAGGAUCGAGCGCGAGCAGGAGUGCGAACGCCAGCGAAAGCUGGAGGAGGAGCGGGUGCGCGAGGAGAAGCUGGAAAGGGACCGCAAGCGAAAGGAGGCAAUAAAACAGGCGCUGGAGCUGGCGGAAAAGGAGGCAAAGCUCGAGAAAAUGCGCCUAAAGAUGCAGAAGCAAAGCACCAUUCUUGAGGCGAACAUUACUGAGAACGUGAUAGAGAAAGUGAAGGUUUGCGAUGACCGAAAAACGCCCCCAGGUACUUCAAGAGUCCAGGCGGAGAACCAACUCAACAACCAGCGGGACGUGGUAGCUGUGCCGCCACGCGAGAACAUCAGCAAGGAAAUCAACAACAACUUAUCCCCUGAGCAGCGCUCAAACUCCAGAACUUUAACGCCUAGACUGCACUCGCCGCGCAACAACAGCAACAACUUCACGCCAAGACCCGAGCAGCAGUUCGCCUACGUCUUCCAACCCAGCCUCGAGGGGCUGCAGAACAUCCAGUACGCAGUGCUGAUCCCCACUGCCCAGUACUCAAUCGCUGUGGCCCCUCCAAGCGAGCGAACUGUCCCCAACUCGGCCCGGACCGAGAACCGGAUCCUCACCCCCACGCGGUACCGCAACAACGCCCCUAAAUGCGACAGCAGCACCCAAACCGAUAGUACCAUGUUCAAUUCGGCGCGCUCCUCCGACGGAGGAGACACCCACGAAAAGUACCUGAGGGAAAAAAUGUCCAACUUGGAGCUGAGCUACGAUAACAAACGCAGAGUGAGACGAAGCCGCAGCGAAACCAUGGACGACAGACCCAAAUGGGGAGUGAAUCGGCCCCCAACUCGCUACAUGAAGCAAAGCGAAAAGGACCCGGUUUAUCAGAAGCGCAAGUUGAAACGGGAGAGCGCCAACGAGAAGAACUCGAGCGAUGAUAGCCGGACUGGAACGCCCAUCCGGCAUCGGAAGAAGGACCUGAACGCAAAACGCCGCUCCAGAGCCAGAUGGCGAACAGAAGAACGCCUUUUUAGUGGCACCGACAAUACAUAUCACAGCGAACUAGUGCGGAUAGAGACCGAUAAGGACCAACUUUACCUCAAGUGCUGCUGCACGUGCAGAUGCCCGCGCCAUAGCCGCUCGAGCAGCGGUCAAGUGGACAUUUUGCGAAUCGAAGAGAACAACCAAUGGGACCCCCCUAGUGGACCCCACGGAACCCGCAGGGAAAGGGGGCACUCCUUACCAGAAUUCCACACCCACCCGCCAAGGAGCGAUCAAAACGCGGACAUUUUAAGCAAACUAUCCAGCUUGCAUAACGGCCUGUUGCUCGAGCAGGAAAAGUGGGAAAACAGCCCGCGAACCCCCAACUAA